AUGGAUAUCACCAAGGUUCUACUGGACGCUCAGCACCGCGACAACGGCGUACGGUCAGCGGCAGAGGCCGAUCUCAAGCGCCUCCAGGAGCUCGACCUCCCCAGCUUCCUCGUGGGCCUGUCGUCGGAGCUCUCCAGCGACGACAGCCCAGCCGAGUCCAGGAGGCUCGCCGGCACAAUCCUCAACGACUCGUUGUGCUCCUCUGACAUCCAUCCGAUCGAUGAUCCACUCGUCCAGCGGUGGUUCAGCGUUGAUCCAUCCAUCGGAUCCAAGAUCAAGGAGUCGUCGCUCACAACGGUGCUAGCAUCUCCGGUUGCCGACGCCAGGCGCGCCUCCUCGCAGAUCAUCGCAAAGCUCGCGCGUAUCGAGGAGUGGCCGGACCUCCUUCACCGGUUGCUGGGCAACGCGGCACAAAGGCAGGGCGUGUCGCCGAUAAAGCAGCAGGCGGCCCUUGAGGCGCUGGAGCAUGUCUUCAAGAAUAACUACACGUACCUCAAGCAGGAUCAGGUGGACGACGUCCUCAAUGCCCUCAUCGUGGAGGCGAGCCGCGUGGAGGACGACCUAACCCGCGAUGUCCGCCUCGCAGCAGUUAGAGCUCUACAGAGUAGCAAAGAUGUCCCGGAAGUGUCCGAGAAAGUAUCUGGAGCUAUAUAUUUUCUUGCUCGAGGUUAUGGAGAAGAUACAAAAUCAAAGUCAAAGCCAAACUCGCCCGAGCUUUCACCUUAUGUUAGGCCUGUUAUUGACGCUCUCCUUUCUGCUACAGAACCUACCCCUUUCGGGCUUCCAGCAUGUGCAUCUGCUUAUGAAGCAUUGACUGAGAUUGUAAGAGUCAGCAACACAAGAGAAUUUGAAGCUUCCCUAGCUAUUAGAACGUUAAUGCCUAGUAUCAUGAGAAGAUUGAAUAUGGUGCUCAAUCAUGAUGGUGUAGUAAUUUCAUCAGGUGACAAGAUGAAUCGUGGCCUUCUUGAGGUUUUGUUGUGUGGUCUAGUUCAACUCAUAAUCGAGAAGAUGGGCAGCUGGGAUAUAAUCGAACGAUCUGCACUUAGGGACUCUGCUCAAUGUGUAUUGCUGCUAUUGUGUCGCGCCUUAACAAGCGAUAGUUCUAGUGCACGUGAUAAAGCAGCCCUUGCCAUUGGUGCUCUUGCUCAUUCCAUCGGUCCAGAUUUUGGGGAACACAUGCCUAUGCUCUUGCAGUAUUUUACUGUGAAGCGGCUCUCUCCAACUUAUUUAGAGGUGAUGUGUGAUAUUUGCCAUGUCUUGGGAGAUAAAGUGGCGGUGACAUGUUGUGAUCAAAUUAUGGACGUUCUUUACAAAGGCAUGUCAGAUGUCGCUCUUAUACAUUCAAUUAUGGCAUGCUUUGGAGAGAUUGCCCUUGAUAUCGGUUGGAAUUUCGAGAGGUACUUAGAGACUGUUAUGAAAAUGCUUAAAGAAGCUGCCAACGGAAAAUAUCGUGCUGAUGUUUCAGAAGAGGGUAAGGUUGAGUAUGACGACCAGCUUAGAGAGGGAAUGUUUAAGGCCUACUCUAGCAUAUUGCGGGGCAUAAAGGACCCAAAAUCUGGGUUUAAGGUAAUGGCGACUCUAAUGGAGUUCAGUGAAGCUGUGUGCAAGGAGCAGAGGAGGAAUACAAGUGUGGUGCACGCUGGGGUUGGUGCCUUUUCUGAUCUUCAGUCGAUUGUUGGGUCAUGGAUCGAGGACAUGAUCCAGGUUCAGUCAGCAGUCAUGGAGGUUGAGGCCACAAAUUAA